AGUGUGUGCAUUAACUCAAGGCAAUGUACCGGCUGCAAUAUUAGACUAUAAACUGAUGCUCUACAGAGGGGCUGUGAGUACACUGAAAUAACAAAAGUGUAGUAGAAAAGUGCAGUUAUUUUUAUCAGCUUUGGAUACCAUUACAUGGCAGUUCAAUUAACCCACUGUCUGCUACAAAUUCUGCAAAGAAGCACUGUGCGACGUGUUGCAAGGGCAUCUUGGCAGCGGAAGGAUUUUAGAGAUUAUUUAAAAAGUAAGGAAUCUUGUAAUAUUGGUUUUUAGCCCCUGGCAAAGAUAGGUAUGUUUCGUUUUUUGGUCCCCGCCUUUCCAGUGGUGGGAACCAAUCACAUCGGUCUUGGAAAAGAUGUAGUUAGUUUGAGAAAAGCUUCGCCUUAAAGGCAUGGGGAUCAGGGCAGGGAACAGAGCAUCAUUCAGAUAGAAGAACAGAGGCUCUAUUACUGACACACGACGGAGCCAGCUCACCUCCUUCCACUAAGACUCAAGUGAUUCAGUGAAGUUAACAGGCACCAUGAGUGAUGACCAAAGCUUGUCCGAAGUAGAGAUGAGCCCUGUUGGGUCUGAGGAUCCCUCCCUGACUCCAGACCCGCUUCCCCCUCAUGCUCACUCCAGUCCAGAUGAUGAUGAUGAUGAUGAUGAAGAAGAAGAAGAAGAAACAAAAGUAAAGAAAGAGCAGGAUUCAGAGGAUGAGAGGUUUCCUGUGUGCAUUCGUGAAGCAGUCUCACAGGUGUUAAAUGGCUACGACUGGACAUUGGUUCCUAUGCCUGUAAGGGUCAAUGGUGGCAGCAAAUCUAAGCCUCACGUUAAGCGGCCAAUGAAUGCCUUUAUGGUAUGGGCCCAGGCUGCACGCCGGAAACUGGCUGACCAGUACCCACAUUUACACAAUGCAGAGCUUAGCAAGACUCUGGGUAAACUUUGGAGACUAUUGAAUGAGAAUGACAAGAGACCCUUUAUAGAGGAGGCUGAGAGGCUGCGAAUGCAGCAUAAGAAGGACCACCCAGAUUACAAGUACCAGCCUCGUAGACGGAAGAAUGGAAAACCCAGCCCUGGAGAAGGAGAUGGGUCCUCUGAAGCCGAGGGUGGAGCUGCCUCCAUACAAGCACAUUACAAAAACUCCCAUCUAGAUCACCGACAUGGUUCUCCCAUGUCUGAUGGAAAUUCAGAGCACUCUACAGGUCAAAGUCAUGGACCCCCUACCCCACCAACAACACCAAAGACAGAGCUUCAGGCAGGAAAGUCUGAUGGCAAGAGGGAUGGUUCUCAUGCAUUGAGAGAAGGUGGAAAACCUCAAAUUGAUUUUGGAAAUGUGGAUAUAGGUGAGAUCAGCCAUGAUGUCAUGUCCAAUAUGGAGACAUUUGACGUAAAUGAAUUUGACCAGUACCUUCCACCUAAUGGUCAUGCUGGGCACCCAAGUCACAUUGGGGGCUACACCUCCAGCUAUGGCCUCACUGGAGCUCUAGCAGCUGGUCCAUCUGCUUGGGCUCUGGCGAAGCAACACUCUCAAACUGUGGCAGACUCUAAAGCUCAAGUGAAAACAGAAAGCUCAAGUACCAGCCAUUAUACAGAGCAACCCUCUACAUCUCAGCUGACCUACACUUCACUUGGCCUUCCACAUUAUGGUUCAGCAUUUCCCUCCAUCUCCAGGCCACAGUUUGAUUAUGCUGACCAUCAGCCAUCAAGUUCUUAUUACAGCCAUUCGGCCCAAGCCUCAAGUCUCUAUUCAGCCUUUUCCUACAUGGGACCUCCUCAACGUCCACUCUACACUGCAAUAUCUGAUCCUCCAAGUGUAGCUCAGUCACAUAGCCCUACACAUUGGGAACAGCCAGUCUAUACUACACUUUCAAGACCAUGAAGAGAACAGACGAACAUAAAUAGGGAUGGACAAGUCCUGGAGAGCAAUAUGCUCCAGCAGGGUUCUUUUGUAGCUCAUAACCCGGGCGGAAUCUGGAUUCCAAGGGUAUCAGUAAACCCUAGUAGCUGUUUUUUUACAGACCCUUUGAAAAGACUUUGACUGGUUAUUCUUUUCAAAAAAGACAUAAACAUAGUAGGGGUAGCAUAGCAGGGCAAUGCAGGGAUGGGGGAAGGGAAUGCAAUGUAUACAAAGUUUAUGGACUUUUGUCUCUUGUACAAAGGGAGGAAGCUGCAACAUUUGCUAUACCUGUGUUUUUGAUCCUAGAUACUGAAGUGACAUUGGAAGAUUUGGUACCUACACCUUUUGGGCGAUAAAAACAAAAGCCUCUGACAGCCAACCAAAAGCAGCUUGACUACUUACAGAACUAACCUGGGCUGCUAAACUGUAUGAAAUAAGGGACAGCAUAAGGUUUCUUAUCUUGGGUAUUGACAUGAAAGUUAGUCAACAAAUAAGUAUAAUGCAUGUUAGAAUCUGAAAAAUGAAGUUAUUUCUAGCAGAGUCCUCUUGUUUCUAGGGUCUUCAAACCGAAGCAUAUGAUGGACACAGCAUAGUCAUACUCAAAAAAAACCCUGCAAACUUUAUCCAUUGUACUGUGAACACAGCAUGCAAAUUAAUAUGUCAGAAUCUGGCUGGAAAACACAUCACUAGAAAACAAACACUAUGUACACCUUUUACAUGGUCAGUUGGCCAUAAUUUUCCAGGGUAGAAAGUUCCAAUAACUGCUUUUCAUGCUGUAAAUAAUAUCAUACGGUCAGAAGGAUCUAAGUUGUUGCAUGCCAAAUGUGUCAUUAUAACAUUUUAGAACCAAUCAGCAUUUUGAAGGGAAAGGAUCCGUUGGACCACUUUUCUCUGAUUUGUCAAUUCGUUCACUGCUCAUUCAUGAUCCAUUGGAAAAUAUAAGUUAGAGAAAUGCAACAUUAUCGGAGAACAAUUUAGAAGUGUACCAGACAAACAUCCUUUUAGAAUGGUAGAGCCAGGAGUCCGAACACAAAAGUAAUGAUUUUUUAACUUGAAGCUUUUGUUCACACUGAUCUCCUGUGCAAUACUCAAACAGCUGAGAGGUAGCAUUUCAGUCCAUAAGAACAAAUACUAUGACCUGCUGUUUACAUAAUGACCCCCCAAUUAUUUGUCAAUUCAUCUUUAACAUUCACAACAGUCAGACGUAUCGCAGAUGGCAAACGAUGAUCUCUUUCAAAUGACUGCUCAUAUUAAGGAUUCUCUGCAGUAGACAUUAUCAACUCUCUUAUGCUACUUAAUAGAAAUAUUUCCAGCGUGGGAAAUACAGAGGAUACUAUGAAGUAUGUUUUUCAGGAUGAAAAAAUGGGAAAAAAAAAGUAGAGACAAUGUGUAAAUAUAAAACUAUAUAUUCGUAUAUAUAUAUCUAUUUUUAUUUGUUUUGGGGGCAGCAAUGUAAAGGCCGGUGCUUCUAAUCCUGUGGGUAGCAGAGAGGAUUAUAUAGAACUGGGCCACUGGAUUAAACCAAACCAGUGAACUUUGGGUUUAACAUUUUUUUUGGGGGGGGGGGGCGGGUUUUGUUACGAAGAGGGACAGAAAUCCAUUAACCCAUUUGGAGUUACUUCUUUUAAUGCUUUGCUGUAUACAAAUAUUAACUCCGAUGUAUAACAUAAGUUGUCCCUUCCUCCAUCACUUUUCAUUCAUUUAGCAAAAUGAUUGUUUUUGCCAUUAUUUCAUAUAUAUGUAACUGUAUGUUUGUUAUUUAUGUAAAUAUUAUCUUACCCAAUUCUGGUAAUUUCUUUAACUGUUCAUAAACAUAUUCAAGAUAUAUAUUGAAUUAAAAAAAAAAAAAAGAUUCAGAGUCGGUGUGGUAGA